AUGUGCCCCUCUAUACUCAACAACCCACAAGAGAAACAAGCAGAUUCCUUCUCGUAUCUACCACUCACCAAUCACUUCAACUUAAACUUCGACCAUAUACACAACAUGCCUUUCGCACAGCUCGUACUCGGCUCUCCUGGCGCUGGGAAAUCCACAUAUUGUAAUGGCAUGCAGCAGUUCAUGUCUGCCAUAGGAAGAAAAUGUUCCAUCGUGAACCUCGACCCCGCCAAUGAUCACACAAGCUAUCCCUGCGCCAUCGACGUGCGCAAUUUCAUAAAAUUAGAGGACAUUAUGGAGGAAGAUUCAUUAGGUCCCAAUGGUGGCGUACUAUAUGCACUUGAGGAACUAGAAAAUAAUAUGGAGUGGUUGGAGGAAGGAUUGGCAGAACUGGGCGAGGAUUAUGUACUUUUUGACUGUCCAGGUCAGGUCGAACUUUAUACACAUCAUUCGUCUUUGCGAAACAUAUUUUUUAAGUUACAGAAAUUAGGAUAUAGACUUGUAGUUCUCCAUCUUUCCGAUUCCUAUUGCUUGACUUUGCCUUCAUUAUACAUCUCCAAUCUGAUCCUCUCGCUGCGAGCAAUGCUUCAAAUGGAUUUACCACAUCUGAAUGUUUUGACGAAAAUGGACAAAUUGGCCUCGUAUCCACCACUACCUUUCAACUUAGAUUUCUAUACCGAAGUCCAAGAUCUUUCACACUUACUUCCCAGCCUUCAGGAAGAAUCAUCGUUAAUGAAGGGUUCAAAGUUUGAGGGUCUGAAUAAAGCGAUCAUUCAACUUGUCGAAGAUUUCGGGUUGGUGGGAUUCGAAACCCUAGCCGUGGAAGAUAAGAGAAGUAUGAUGCAUCUACUUCAAGUCAUAGAUCGUGCCGGAGGGUAUGCUUUCGGUGGUGCGGAGGGUGCGAACGAUACUGUAUGGCAAGUAGCUAUGAGAGAGGGUACCACAACGAUGGAUAUAAAGGAUGUUCAGGAGCGCUGGAUUGAUCGUAAGGAGGAGUAUGAUGAAGCAUAUCGGGAGAUGGAGAUGAAGCAAUUCGAGGAGCAAUCCAAGAUGCAGGAAGAGGAAGAGAACUCGAGAGCUGCAGAAGACGAUGAUGACCUCGAGGAGAUGGCUCGGGCGCCAUUCGAUUCAGGCGUAAAAGUUGUUAGAACAAAUCAAUGA